GAUAGCUAAUUAUUAACAAUGAUACAUAGAUAUAUUUUCACGAUUCGUUUCAAAUAGUACUGAAAAUAAAACUUAUGCAAAACCAUCACAGCUUAAAUAUACGUAGUUGACAAUGUAAAUUAGAGAUUGUAUUCAUUCCAAAGUAAUACCCAGAAGUAAAAAGGAAAAAAUAUAGAGUAUCAAAUUCAAAUGUUAACCCUACUACAUCUAUAUUAUUCCCCGUAAGCGAGUAUUUUUAAAUACGGGUAUAAUUAAAAAAUUAAAAAAUAAAACUACUAGAUGCAUAUAUCCACUCGUAUUCAAUACACUCAUUGCACCAACAAGUAUAACCUAGUAAUAACUAAUAAGUACGAGUACCCAAUAAGAACAUAAAAAUGGUCCAAGUUGGGCACAACACCACAUUUAAAUUAAAUUAGUGAAAGAGAACAUGACUAGGAGUGGGAGCUACGAAAGGGAUAACUAAGAAAGCGUUGAUGAAUUGAUGAUGAUGAGAACAUUAACAUACAAGUAUUCAUAAUAAAUAAAAAUAAUAAUAAAAAGUCUCUCAAAAAUUGAAAAUUCCUUGAAAAAUAUUCCAUUGAACAGUACCCCAUUUGUUUUCUCGUAUUCCAACCCAUUCCCUCUGCAGAAAUUUCCAAAAACUAAAUAUAACAAAAUACCCACCAACACCCUUUCAUUUAUACCUCUCUUUUUUCUUUCUCUGUUAGUCACUCUUUUUUUUUGUUCAGCUUAACUUUUCUGAAUCCUUAAAUACACCUUUCUCUCUAUUCAAACCUUUCAUCAUCCUCUGCAAUUCUAUUCCUCUGUUAAAAUAUUUAUUAUACAGAGCUAGACUUUACAUUUACAAAUAUUAUUAAUAUUACACUAAAAAUAAAAAAAAUAUAAUUUAAACUCCUUUCUUUUUCUUGGAGUUUUUAAAAACCCAUGCAAAUCAUAAGGCACUCAUGAUCUAAUUAUCAUCUAUCCUAAGUUCUUAUACCAACCAACCACUCCUUUUCAGUGUUUUUUUUUUUUUUUUUUUUUUGUUUUUUAUUUCUUUCAUUGAUCUUUUAGAUCUGUGUUGUUAUGAACAUGGAUCUUUCACUACAAAUCAGCCCGCCUUUAAUUACUCUAACAGCCGACGAUGACUCGGCUGUUAUGAAGGCGGUCACCUUUUACAGUGACCGGAGCUCCACGACUACGGAGUCGGGGAGUAGUAGUGCAGGUAGUGAGAUGAACUGUCGUGGGAUAACCGAUGACAAUAAUAAUAUCAGCAGUAGUAGUGUUGGGUUGGGCUUAGGUAAUGAUCAGCCUAUUUUGAGCUUAGGGUUUGAUCAUAUGAAUCAUUUUAAUGGUUUGAGUAUGUCAUCAUUUAGAGGGUAUGGUGGUAAUAAUAGUAAUAGUACUAGUAAUUCUUAUAAUCAUCAUCUUCACCACCAGCUUAAUCAUCAGCCUCAUAUCUAUGGCCGGGAAUUCAAAAGGAACUCGAGGAUGGCGACGACAAUUUGUGGUGUUAAGAGGGGUGUUAGAGCUCCUAGGAUGAGAUGGACUACUACUCUUCAUGCUCAUUUUGUUCAUGCUGUUCAAUUACUUGGUGGCCAUGAAAGAGCUACACCAAAAUCGGUGCUCGAGUUGAUGAAUGUGAAGGAUUUAACCCUAGCCCAUGUCAAGAGUCACUUGCAGAUGUAUAGAACAGUGAAGAGCACUGACAAAGCCACAUUAUCAUCAUCAGGUCUAACAUUACAUGAGGGAGACAUAAUGGGCUCAAACCAAAGGUCAGGGAUGAUUGAUGAUCAAGAAGAAAUAAUAGAGAGAGGAUUUUCUUGUGAAAAAGCUGAUUCCAAUCCUUCUUAUUCUGUCAACCCAUCAUCUCCUCCACCAAAAACUAAUUUAGGUUCAUGGUUAUCAUCCUUAGACGCAGGCAACGAAGCUCCCCUGAUGAACAGCCUAUAUUCUCAAACUCAGGUGGAUGGUUGUAAUAAUGGGGUGAAAUUAUCAAACAUGGAUCAAGAAAGGCUUGGACCAGCUGCCUGUUUUUCAUCAGCUGAUCAUAGUUUGCUGAAUUUAGAGUUCACCUUAGGACGGCCGAGUUCGAAUGAGAUCAAUCUACUAAAGUGUUAAGAUUAAUGGUGAUGAUGGUUUAGCUAAGCUAGAAUUGUCAUGUUUAGUUAGUAGCUCUUAUGUUCAGGCGAUUGAUUCUUGUUCUUGGAACAUUUUUCACUAAUUUGCCCCUUACUUAGUUACUGCUCCCGUAAAGUUUAUCAGAA